AUGGAUUGCUUAAAGGAAUUCGACGCCAAGCACCUAGGCGCGGAGACCAAGGGAGUAGAGUACUACAGGGAAAAUAUGGUGACGAGGAGGAAAUUAAAAAACUGUUGCAAACGGUGGAGUGACGAUAAGAAUAGCAGAGACUUCCUUGUCAAUCACGAGAACGAAAUUGAUGAGAAUUCUUUUUUUAAAAUUAUAAAAAAUACAUGGAACUUACUAUUUUUUAAUGAAGAAAAAAAAGGCAAAUUACUUUAUGGUGAAGGAGACGAACAUAUGUAUACCUUGCCAAACUUUUUAAUUAUGGAUCCUCUAUCGAGCGGUGUGAUCAGCCCCUUUGACAGUGAUCAGGUUGGAAUGUCGCUCGAUGAGGGGGAGGAUAUUGGGUCAGAGCAUGUGCAGGUGGAUAAUGAAGAAGAUGUUGUGGCGAUCUGCUCACUGGAAGGGGGCAACGAGGAAUGUUUACCUGAGGAGAACACUCACGAGGAUCCAAUGGAAGGAGAUAAUCCUGAAUGCGAAGGGGGUGAAAAAAAUGGGAAUUAUCCAUUGCAGGAGAACAACCCAAAUUACUCAAUCGAAGGGGAAAAUCCCCAUUGCGCACCUGGACAGACAUGGGAUGAGGGUUUUGGGGAAGAUGAACAUUGGGACACAGCUAUCCGUGCCUCUCCCGUGAGAGAAGAAAACUCCAAUAUGGAGAACAUGUCAUCUGAUAAAGAAAGCCGAAAAAAAAUGAGAACUUGCAAAAAGAGCAUCAUUAACAAAAAGUACAUUAACAUUUACCACAAGCAUGAUGACUCUUACAGUUUCCACGAUAAAGAAAUAGACGAUUUUUUAAUUCUGUCAGAUGUCCCAACGGGUGUGAGCGAUGUCGAGGAGGGGAACGAACAGAACAGAGUCGACGUACAGAACGAAGUGCUUAGAGGAGAACCAAGUGACAACGGAGUGAGCAGUGGCCAAGGAUGCUCAAUUUCCUCGACAGGUACAACUGCAAAUUGCCCUAACCCUGACGUGCACAAUCCCGCAGGAACAUCCGAAAUGGAAGAAGACCCCCCGCAGCCUGGACUGAGAAAUGAAGACACCUAA